UCUGGCCUCAUCACUCUUUCUCACAUCGAAGAUGUCGUGGAGAUAUUAAGCUCACAGACCAGGCCUAAGAAGAUGACUUGGCUUGGCAGUGAUGGAAGGAAGUAUGUUAUAGUUGCUAAGCCGAACGACGAUCUCAGAAAAGAUUGCCGCCUUAUGGAAUUGAAUGGAAUGAUUAAUAAAUUUCUAGCAAGAAAUUCGGAAACCCGUCAAAGGGCUUUACAAAUUAGAACAUACGCUGUGAUUCCACUAAGCGAAAAAGGAGGUCUUCUUGAAUGGGUGAGCCAUACUGAGCCCUUCCGCUCCAUCCUAACCAAGCUUUAUAUCGAAGCUGGAAAGCCCAUCAAUUGGGCAGCGAUGUCCAAAGCUGCCCCCGAAAUGGAUGAUUCCUUGGAGGUCAAACGAGACAAAUUUUUGAACCAAUGGCUUCCUAUGUUUCCUAUCGUUUUCCCGAGAUGGUUCCUCAACACAUUCCCAAAUCCUAGUGCUUGGUAUUCUGCUCGGGAGUGCUAUGCGCGUACCUGCGCAGUUAUGAGCAUGGUGGGCUAUGUGCUAGGGCUUGGGGAUCGACACACAGAAAACUUGCUGUUUGAUGCCCAGCGUGGUGGCUUAGUUCACGUGGACUUCGCUUGUGUUUUUAAUACCGGACUCACUCUACCCUGGCCUGAAUUGGUGCCAUUCCGCCUGACCCGCGGUAUGCAGGCCGCUCUUGGCCCGGCUCUCCAUGAGGGAGUUUUUCGCCGUUGCUGUAAGGCUGUGAUGAAGUUGCUUCGGAGAGAGGUUUGCUUAUUUUUCACCAGAACUCUAUUUCCAUUCUAG